AUGAACGCCCACACGCAGGAACGCCCACACGCAGGAACGCCCGACAUGCAGGAACGCCCACAUGCAGGAACGCCCACAUGCAGGAACGCCCACGUGCAGGAACACCCACGUGCAGGAACGCCCACGUGCAGGAACGCCCACAUGCAGGAACGCUCCGAAUUGCAGACUGCAAUUGCACCCUUCUCUCGCCAAGCUCCCUACCCUACCCUGCCCCCAGGCUUCCUACCUCCCUACCCUGCCCCCCAGGCCCCUACCCUGCCCCCAGGCGCGCUACCCUGCCCCCAGGCUCCCUACCCCUACCCUGCCCCCAGGCUCUCUAACCUCACUACCCUGCCCCCAGGCUCCUACCCCCCUACCCUGCCCCCAGGCUCCUACCCUGCCCCCAGGCUCCCUACCCUGCCCCCAGGCUCCCUACCUCCUACCCUGCCCCCAGGCUCCCUACCCUUCCCCAGGCUCCUACCCUGCCCCAAAGCCCUACCCUGCCCCCAGGCUCCCUACCCCCACCCCCAGGCUCCCUACCCCACCCCCAGGCUCCUACCCUGCCCCCAGGCUCCCUACCUCCCCUACCCCUGCCCCCAGGCUCCCUACCCUUCCCCAGGCUCCCUACCCUGCCCCAAAGCUCCAUACCCUGCCCCCAGGCUCCAUACCCCACCCCCAGGCUCCCUACCCUGCCCCCAGGCUCCCUACCCUGCCAGCUGUUUCAACCAGUGA